UCGGUGCCGCACUGUUGAAGUGGGUUCACUACCACCACCACCACUGCUGUCGCCGUCGAGCUCCGACUCCGAGUGUAUUGCACCGAAGAACAAUAAUUAUUAUUGUUAACACUAUUAUUUUUUUUUUCUUUUUCCUUUUUUUAUUUUAGUUAUUAUUAUUAUUCCACCGUCGUCUUAUUCGUGCUGUUCACUGCACGGAUGCAGAUCAGACCGCGCAGUGACAACAACGAUAAUUUCCGCCAAGCACAUUCGGCGGUGUUCUUUUCGACUUCUCUCUUCCGCUUCUCGAAACAAUAAUAGGCAUACUCUCUUCCGAUCCGCGCUACUUCAAAAUAAUAACAUUAUCGGUUCCGUGAUAAGUCCGAGCCCGUCGCCGUUUGUACAUCACCGUAUUCGGUCAGUGGACGACGAGCGCACAAGUCGAGUCGUCGUCGAAGUCGAGACAACAAGUGCGCUUUUUAUUCAGUAACUCGUCUUCGAAAGUUUUAAUUAUUAAUUUAUUUUUUUCUAUUUUCUAUUUCUAUUUUUCUCCUUGACGCGUUACGGAACUGGUCUUUCUCGUCCAUAUCCGUUUAUAUUACACUUACGUUUACAUUAUCGUAUAUACGUAAGUACUUUGUGAACCUAUAUGUAUAUCGUACAUAAUAAUAUUAGGAAGUAUACUUUGUACGAGACCACUGCGACGAUGCGGAUGGGAAACGGAGCCAAUACCGAAAUUAUACCAUCGACCAGCUGCAGGAGUGCCUAAAUGUGUGUGUUCAGGUACUACGUGACUCCCGAACAGCUAUGAGUAUCACGGUCACCACCAUUAAUCCCGUAUCUACAAUUAAAGAGAUGCCUUUGUCUCGGAACCGGCCGCACAUAUUGUUGUCCAACAACAAUGGCACGUCAAGCACGUCCAAUGACUCUUGCAUAUCGCAGUCAGACUGUGGCGGCGAUCACCUGCCGUCGUUACUCAAGUACUCGCAGAUUCUCGAGAAAUCCAACGCUGCCACCGUGAACAAACUGGCAAAAAAGUGUUCCAAACCGUCAAACCUCGACUUAAUUGUUGACAAGGCUACUAGUAACAUAGAUUUGUACGUGGAAAAUAAGGACGCCCUGUAUGGUAUUGGAAAAUCGGCCACCUCUUGUCUUCAGCCUAUCACAAAGCAUGACGAUUUGAGUGGUUCACCAAAUUCUAAGGUAACAUCAUUGAGCAAACCAAAAAAAAAAGGUUUUACACCUGACUAUGUCUGCAGUAAGUACAGCAGUAGCUUGAGCAAAUUUGAAAAAAUCGAGAUAUUUGGUUUCCCAGAGGUAUAUUUUUUUGGCAUUGAAGCAGACAAGAAGCAACGACCUUUCAAUGGAACACAAUCGCUAUUUGACAACGAUCAAGGUGGCUAUGUUUUUGUCCCACAUGACCAUGUGGGUUAUCGUUAUGAGUUGCUCAAAGUAAUUGGCAAAGGCAGUUUUGGUCAAGUAGUCAGAGCAUACGACCACAAGCUGAACGAACAUGUUGCACUCAAAAUUGUUAGAAACGAGAAACGGUUUUAUCGGCAAGCCCAAGAAGAAAUUAGAAUAUUAGAGCAUUUGCGCAAACAAGAUAUUCACAAUUUAAUGAACAUUAUUCAUAUGUUUGAUAGUUUUACAUUCAGAAAACAUAUGUGCAUUACUUUUGAACUUUUAUCCAUCAAUUUGUAUGAACUUAUCAAGAAAAAUAAAUACCAAGGGUUCAGUCUUCAAUUAGUGCGAAAAUUUAGCCAUUCACUACUUGUAUGCCUUGAUGCUUUAUACCGUAAUAAAAUUAUUCACUGUGAUAUGAAACCAGAAAAUGUUCUCUUGAAACAGCAUGGGCGAAGUGGGAUCAAGGUCAUUGAUUUUGGUUCAAGCUGUUUUGAACAUCAGAGGGUGUACACAUACAUCCAAAGUCGCUUUUAUCGGGCACCUGAAGUUAUUCUGGGCGCAAAAUAUGGACUUCCAAUUGAUAUGUGGAGUUUAGGUUGCAUUCUUGUUGAACUAUUUACCGGUUUCCCAUUAUUUCCAGGUGAAGAUGAAACUGAUCAAUUGGCUUGUAUUAUUGAACUUUUAGGAAUGCCACCUAAAAAGCUUUUAGAUGCUUCAAAGCGUGCUAAUUAUUUCAUAAGCUCUAGAGGGUAUCCAAGGUAUUGCUCCCAGACCACAUUACCUGAUGGCUCAACCAUUCUUAAAGGAAGUAUAUCACGAAAGGGUAAAGCUCGAGGACCACCUGAAUCUAAAGACUUAUCAAAAGCGCUCAAAGGCUGUGAUGAUCCCCUGUUCUUAGAUUUUAUUACUCAGUGUUUGGAAUGGGACCCUGAGCGCCGUAUCACACCUGCUAUGGCGCUAAGGCACAGUUGGUUACGUCGUAGACUUCCUCGUCCCCCAGCUGCUGAACAUCAACAUUAUUCACAAGAAAGCACUCCUACUAGUUUAAGGGUAAAAUUAUCUGAGUCAAAUCAUCAUCAAACAUUGCCCAUGCAUUCCAGGAACUCUCAGAUAUCGGGUAAACUACCCCAGAUCACAUCUACAUGUAUUAUGUAAGAAUUAUCCUUUAAAAAUAUGUUGUACUAUGGUUGUAAUUCCUGAAUGAAGAUGAUUAAAUUUAGAUGAGUUGAUAGAUUUAUUGAAAAGAUCUAAACCUUGUGAAUUAUUUGUUGAAAAAUAGGUAUUUACCGAUUUUAGGAUCUCUAGGUCGGCAUAAUGUUAUGUUUGUCUCAAUUAUAUUUUAAGAUUUUUUUUUAUACUCCAGUAAUUUUUAACUCAGACAAAUAUAUGUAAUAUUAGAGAAAUGUAUAAUUUUUUUUGUGUGUGUACAAAUUUGAAAUUUAGCCAAUUAUAUUAUAAGUUCUGUAACUUGUAAUUGUGGUUUGAUACAAAAAUUGACUAUUACAUACUUGAUUGUAUUUAAAUCUUAGAUUAUAUUAUUUAUAAGUUGUAUUAUAAAAAAUAUACCCUACAUAAGAAAAAAUUAUUGUUUAAAAUGUAAUACAUUUUUAUCUUUUCCUACCAUUCUUUGUUUAUAUAAAAUGUAAACUGAUGAACUUAUUAAAAAAGAAAACCAAACAAAUAUUAUCAUGUAUAAAUUGUGAUCCAAAUGUUAAUCAAAUGUCAAAUGUCUAUCAUAUAAAUAUUUAAAAAUAGUUAUAAAAUGUAUUUCCAUUCACAAAAUCUGUACAACUUUUGCAAUAACGUGUGUGUUCAUUUUUUAUUUUAUUUUAUAAAUUUUUAGAAUAUUUUAUUGUAUUAGUUUUAAUUAUUGUUUAUUAGAAGAUUACUCUAUGGAUGAUGUUCAAUUUUGAAUUUUCAUUUAAUUUAUAAUAUUGAAUGAGCUGAAUAAAAAAAAAACAUGUACUCAAAUUGA